GCUACCAAGUCUGUGUGCAACCGAUGAUGCAUGAUGCAUCGAUACGAUUUUCUCGGCUAGAGCAAUCAUUAGGAUUCUUGAUCGUGAUCCAUCACGGAGCUACCGAGCUACCAUUUCAUUCUUGCUGUCCCAUAAGCCGCAUUGUUCGUAUUGUUUCUUGUUAUUUUUAAAGUGAAUUGCUCCCAAAUUAUCCAAUGUAUUGUUGAUGAGUUUAGACGUAGAAUCUCGGUUGUACCUUCAGUAUAAUUUUUUUUCUGUGAAUACGAUUACAUAGUUAAUAAUUCUACAUUUUCUCGAGAAAAGACAUCAAGAUGCCGGUAUUUCACACGAAAACUAUAGAAAGUAUUCUCGAACCUGUAGCACAACAGGUUUCUAGACUCGUUAUUUUACAUGAAGAAGCUGAAGAUGGAAAUGCAAUGCCUGACUUGGGCAGACCUGUCCAAGCAGUUAGUAUGGCAGUGGCAAAUCUUGUAAAGGUGGGCAAAGAAACAAUAAAUUCUUCUGAUGAUGCUUUACUUAAACAAGACAUGCCUGCUGCAUUGCAACGUGUGGAAGGUGCUUCACGUCUUCUGGAAGAAGCAUCAGCUAUGCUUAAACAAGAUCCUUAUUCUGGACCAGCUAGAAAAAAGCUUAUCGAAGGUUCGCGUGGUAUUCUUCAAGGAACCAGUUCACUGUUGCUUUGUUUUGAUGAAAGUGAAGUUCGCAAAAUUAUCAGAGAAUGUAAACGAGUUCUAGACUAUUUAGCAGUAACCGAAGUUAUUGAAACCAUGGAAGAUCUAGUUCAUUUUCUUAAAAAUUUGAGUCCCUGCCUUAGUAAAGUAUCAAAAGAAGUGAGUGCUCGUGAGAAAGAAUUAACUCAUCAAGUGCAUAGAGAGAUUCUUGUUCGAUGCUUGGACCAGGUGAAAACUCUUGCACCAAUUCUUAUUUGCUCUAUGAAAAUUUUUAUUCAUAUUAUAUCUCAAGGAGGUAAGGGAGCAGAAGAAGCAGCUGAAAAUCGGAAUUAUUUAUCUGGCAGAAUGUCUGAUGAAUUAAACGAAAUUAUUAGAGUAUUACAAUUGACGACCUAUGAUGAAGAAGAGUGGGAUGCUGAUCAGUUAACAGUUCUUAAAAAAGCACAGAGCGCUAUUGAAUCCAGAAUAAGAGCAGCAUAUGAUUGGUUAGAUGAUGGACUUGCCUUACGCGGUGGAGUUGGAGAGAAAAGUCUUCGUCAAAUAGUAGAACAAGCACAGCGUUUGGCGGACAGAUAUCUUCCUCCAUCUCAAGCAGAACCAUUGAAUAAAUUAACUUCACAAAUUGUUACUAUGACCAAUGCUCUUUGUGAGUUGCGACAGAAUGAAAGAGGAACAACACCACAAGCGGAGGCUUUAGCACGCGGUAUUAAGGAAAAAGUGAACGAACUUAGAAGUUCUAUCGCAUCCGCUAUAGUGGCUGCUGACAAAUCUGGAACUACUCAGACUGCUCACACGGUCGCAGGUCGUUUAGAACAAGCUAACAAAUGGUUGUUAAAUCCUCAAAACGAUGACAAAGGACUUGGCCAGAGAGCUAUAGCGCUGAUCAUACAUGAAGGAAAGAAGAAUCAGCAACACGUAGCGAGCGUUGCCGAAGGUUUGCCGGGUAUACACAAAGCAGAGAUUCUGCAAUUGUGCGACGAGGUUGACAAUCUUUCUCAUCAACUUGGAGAUCUUUGUGCUCAUGGACUAGGGAAUACACCACGGGCUCAAGAAAUCGCUCGUCAGUUGUCACACAAAUUGUACGAAUUGAAGAAUAGAAUACAGCAGGCUGUUGUAUCCAGAGUGGUUGAAGAUUUUAUUGACAUCACUACACCCUUAAAACAGUUUACGGAUGCUGUGCUAGCCCCAGAAGGUACACCAGGACGUGAUCAAAACUUCAAUGAUAAAACACAUGCUCUUCAAACAUUUUCUAAUAGGGCGGCCAAGACAGCCAGGAUGGUAGCUGCUGGUGGGAGCGGUGGAAACAAAAAGUUAGCAGAAGCAUUGACUGCUAGUGCAUCACAAGUUGAAUCGUUGACUCCUCAGUUGAUAAACGCUGGACGAAUUCGAAUGACGUAUCCGAACAGUAAAGCUGCAGAUGAACAUUUUGAAAAUUUAAGACAACAGUACGCAGAAACAAUGCAAAGGGCGCGGGCAUUAUGUGACGAAGCCACAGAUAGCGGUGACUUUAUUAGAACUUCUGAAGAACAAAUACAGAAGCACUCAUUCCUUUGUGAAGAAGCUAUUGCUAAGAGUCAUCCGCAAAAGAUGGUAGAUAAUACAGCCGCCAUCGCUAGACUGGCUAACCGAGUGAUUCUGGUGGCUAAACAGGAAAGUGACAAUAGUGAAGAUCCUGCAUUCAUUCAGAGAGUUAACUAUGCAACGGAUAUACUUCAAAAUAGCGUUGCGCCAAUGGUACAAGAUGCAAAGCUGGUUGCAAUUAAUAUAAAUGAUAGUAAUGCAAUCUCUCAUUGGAGAGAAAGCAACCGAGCACUGUUGGCUAAUGUUGGGCAUGUACGUAAAGCUAUUGCGGUUCAACCCGAUGUCAUACCUCCGCCAGAAGUGUCACAAUUACAUCUUAAUGAUGACGAACAAUUGCCAAGCCGUCGAUAUAAUUACUUCACAGAUAAAGUUGGUGAACCUUUAAGAAAUCAACCAUCGCCAAGCAAUUUAUGUGUCAUCAGCCCUAAUCUGAACACAAAUAAACCCCAACAUCGCGCUAUCAGUCCAUUACCGAAGUGGGCACGUGAAGGAGAUAACCCUGAUCUCCUGUAUCAAGAACUGGCUUCUGACAACGAGUUAGAAAAAUCAGUUCACGAUGGAGGCUAUUAUUAUGAUUAUGAUAAUGAUGAUGAAGUCGCACCACCACGUCCCCCAUUACCUGGUGGAGACAUAGCACCUCCAAGACCUCCACCACCAGAAACAGAUGACGAGGACGAAAUGUUUAUGCAUGCACCACAACCUAAUCAGCCUAUAAUGAUGGCAGCUCAUGGCCUACAUCAAGAAGUGCGGCAAUGGUCUAGCAAAGAUAAUGAGAUUAUUGCAGCUGCAAAGAAGAUGGCUAUUUUGAUGGGUAGACUAUCAGGUUUAGUCAGAGGAGAAGGUGGCAACAAGCGAGAUUUGAUUGCAUGUGCAAAAGAUAUUGCAGAAGCCUCUCAAGAAGUGACUCGUCUAGCCAAAGAACUAGCUAGGGAAUGUACUGAUAAACGUAUUCGUACAAACCUUCUUCAAGUUUGCGAGCGUAUUCCUACUAUAGGGACACAGUUGAAAAUAUUAUCAACAGUCAAAGCUACAAUGCUAGGUGAACAAGAGACGCUCCCCACCUGGGAAGAAUUGAUGCUUUAUGGUACAGAAGAAGACCAAGAAGCCACAGACAUGCUCGUUGGAAACGCUCAAAAUCUUAUGCAGAGCGUAAAGGAAACUGUCCGAGCAGCAGAAUGUGCAAGCAUAAAGAUACGAACAGCUUCUGGUAUGAAGUUGCGCUGGGUGCGACGUCAGCCUUGGUACCAGUACUGAACAAGUUGUUGAAAUAAUGAAAGUGAAUUAGAACAAAUGGGUAAGACUUCCUAAUAUAAGAUAUCUUUUAAUAAUAAAUUCCACAUGGUAUAUUUCAAGAAAGUGUUCUAACAAGAAGUAACAUUCUGAUGAUCAGAAUUCAUUGAAUUUUUUCAAAUUAUUUUAGAAAAAUUUUUUUUAAUCGCUUAUUCUAUGUAUCCUUUUACUUCCUUUUAUGUUUAAAAGUCGUUUGCACAAAUUUGUGCUUGAAGAAAAAAUGUAUAAGCUAAAUAUUUGACGUUAUUGAGACCGAAAAAACAUUCAGUGCCUUCUGCACACCAGAAUUAUAACUCUUGCAAUAGUCUCAAAAUAUAAAGCAUAAUCGUAACGAUAAUUUAUAUUUAUACAUAUAUUGACAAAUAACAUAUUCUUCGCGUAAGAGUUACAGUAGUAUCCAUAUAAUUAAGGAUACUUGAAAAAUGUUAUAACUUUUUUUAAACUAGACUAAAUUUUUUUAGUUGAUAGAGAGACUAGUUUAUUAGACAAUGACUAUAAUACUUUCUAUAAAUUUUGCUGUUAUUUGGAAUGACAACAAAAAUUAAAAAACUCAUGUUUUUAAACUUUUUUUAUCUGAGUCUAUAACGAAAAUUUUAAAAAUGCGUUAUAUAGAACUCGGUAACUUCUAGAAAAUUCAUCGAAAUCGGUUGAUCUUGACAUAAGCUUUAAACAAUUGAAAAUCGCAGUAUUUCACGAAUUUCAACCAAAAACAGGUCACUUUGCAUCUUUCAAUGACUGUAGCAUGACUAUGCGUCAACCGAUUUCAAUGAAAGUUUCAACAUGUACAUAAGUAACCGAGAUCUACAAAAUGCAUUUUUUACAUUUUCGUUAUAGGAUCAGAUAAAAAAGUUGAAAAUCAUAAGUCUUUUAUUCUCUUUUUGUCAUUCUAAGCAAUAGCAAAAUUUAUAAAAAGUAUUAUAGUCAUUAUCUAGUAAACUAGUUCCUCUAUCAUCCAAACAAAAUUCAAGUCGUUUAGUCUAGUUUUAAAAAAGUUAUACCGUUUUUCAAGUGUCUUUAAGUAUAUGGCCACCACUGUAUAUACUUUAUAAUAUAACAAAGGAGCUAGUGAUUAAUAGUAGAGAGCUACUUCAUCUGAAUUGAGAAACAUAUCUCAAUUAUUGGAGUAUAAUCUAAAAGUUUAUAUUACAUAAUACUAAUUUUUAGUAAUACAUCCUGAAUUUCUGUAAACCUAUUUAUAAUAAAGAUUAAUUUUUAUUGUAAUACAAAUAUAAAAACUUAUUGAUCAUGUA